ACGCCGGGAAGCUUCGCGGGCGGCACGGAGCCCCGCGGUUUCGCGGGAGGUUACGCCAGGAGGCCGCGCCUCGGCCCGGCCUAGUCGGCGGAGGUGACUCAGGGCAGGUGAGUCGGAGAGGCGGCGGCCGCUCCGUCCCGCCCCGCGCGCCGCCUCGACGGGCCCUCCGUGAGAGCGGGAAGACGAGAGUGUCAGCGGGGCGCGUGUUGAGACUGAUCAGAAGAAUGGAUUUUAGAGAGGCUUACUCUGACACAUGCUCUGCUGUUGGACUUGCCGCCAGGGAAGGAAACGCCAAAGUCUUGAGGAAACUGCUCAAAAAGGGACGGAGUGUUGACGUUGCUGAUAACAGGGGAUGGAUGCCCAUCCAUGAAGCAGCUUAUCACAACUCCAUGGAGUGCUUGCAGAUGUUAAUUCAUGCAGAUUCAUCUGAAAACUACAUUAAGGCAAAGACUUUUGAGGGCUUCUGCGCGUUACAUCUCGCUGCAAGUCAAGGACACGGGAAGGUCAUACAGGUUCUUUUAGAAGCUGGCGCAGAUCCGAAUGCAACCACUUUAGAGGAAACCACGCCACUGUUUUUAGCUGUUGAAAAUGGACAGAUAGACGUGUUAAAGCUGUUGCUUCGACACGGAGCAAAUGUUAACGGAUCCCAUUCUAUGUGUGGAUGGAACGCCUUGCACCAGGCCUCUUUUCAGGGAAAUGCUGAGGUCAUAAAAUUGCUUCUUAAAAAAGGAGCAAACAAGGAAUACCAGGAUGACUUUGGAAUCACGCCUUUAUUUGUGGCUGCUCAGUAUGGCAAACUAGAAAGCUUGACCGUACUUAUUUCAUCAGGUGCAAAUGUCAAUUGUCAAGCCUUGGACAAAGCUACUCCCUUGUUCAUUGCUGCUCAAGAGGGCCACACAAAAUGUGUGGAGCUUCUGCUGUCUAGUGGGGCAGACCCUGAUCUUUACUGUAAUGAGGAUAACUGGCAGUUACCUAUCCACGCAGCUGCACAAAUGGGCCAUACAAAAAUUUUGGAAUUGUUAAUACCAUUUACUAACCGGGCCUGUGACACUGGGCCAGACAAAGUGAGCCCUGUUUACUCAGCAGUGUUUGGAGGGCGUGAAGAUUGCCUAGAAAUACUACUCCAGAACGGCUACAGCCCAGAUGCCCAGAAGUGUCUAGUCUUUGGCUUCAAUUCUCCCAUGUGUAUGGUUUUCCAAAAAGACUGUGAAUUCCUUGGGAUCGUGAAUAUCCUUUUGAAAUAUGGAGCCCAGCUCAAUGAACUUCAUUUGGCCUACUGCCUGAAGUAUGAGAAGUUUUCAGUAUUUUGCUACUUUUUGAAGAAAGGUUGCCCACUGGCAUCAUGGAGCCAUAUAUCUGAAUUUAUCAAUCACGCAAUCAAAGCACAAACAAAAUAUAAGGAGUGGUUGCCGCAUCUGCUGCUUGCUGGAUUUGACCCACUGAAUCUGCUGUGUGGCUCUUGGACUGACUCAGUCAGCGAUGAUGUGCUAAUCUUCACUUUGGAGUUUACUAAUUGGAAGAGACUUCCGCCAACUGUUGAUAAGAUGCUCUCUGUUCGUGCCUCAAAUUCCUCUUGGCUCUUACAGCAACAUAUUGCCUCCGUUCCAUCCUUGACCCACCUUUGCCGUCUGGAAAUUCGGUCCCGUCUAAAACCAGAACACCUACAAUCUGAUGGUUUUAUCUGUCAGUUGCCACUUCCCAGAAGCCUUCACCAUUACCUGCUUUAUGCAGACGUCCUGAGGAUGUACGAGGUCCCAGAGCUGCCAGUUACUCAAGAUGGAGAAGUCAGUGAAACUCCUUAGCACGGCUCAUUUCUGACUCUGAGAACUACCGAGGCGCAAGAGCCACGGAGGCCAAGUUCUUCAUGAUUUCAGAGUCACAGAAGAAGGUUUUUGUUUGUAUGGUCGGUUGGGUCUUGAGGAGCAGUGGUUUAAUAAAAAUGUUUACAAACUGGGCUUCCCAGAAAGCAAUAUUGUACACCUCACUCACGUUACUUUAUUGCAACUUUAUUGCCAGUAGGUUUUAUGCUGUAAUAUUCAUUUGCCUGACGAUUUUCUGCUUCAUUCUGUUCAUGAAGCAUGAUGCUGCCUUAGUGCUAAACAUGACACAUUUCCUUUCCACCUGUGGCUCUGUGUUUACCUGGUGCUAGCAGGUCAGAAUGGAAUGCGUAGAACCUCACUGGAAGUGUACAAAACCGUAGGGUUGAAUCUCUGUAAAGGACUAUGAUUAUUACCUUCUUUGUUUAUAAAGGAACAAGCUUUCCUAUCUUGCCAUAUUUCAUUCUCAUUUGUUAAUUCAGUCACUUGUGAAGAACUGAUUUUCAUUGGCUUUUCACAUGUAAACUCAGGGAAGAAUUUUUUUUUUUUUAAAGAAUAUAGAAAAUCAAUUCUUUUGCUGAUUUUUCUUUUUUGGGGGGUUCCUUUAUGCUCUCUUUGGCAAAGGACACUCCAUUUGUAGUCUGUAAAGGCAGGAACAGAUGUGAACUCAAAGACGUGCUCAGUUGGAAAAAAAAAUUAGGUCAGUAUUGACAGAAACAAUCACUCUGUCAUAAUGCUAAUCAGGAGACUGUGACUGGCAUUCCUAUGACACCAUCUUUCAAGAAAAACAGGUUUAUGUUAUGAGCUAUGUAGUAUCAAAUACAAGAUUCAAGCUCCAUUCAGCCCCAGAAUCAGAGGGCAGCUUUGAUCCUAUAAAGCAGUUGAUGGCUAGUGCUGUGAAUAUCGUGGCUUUCCCUUAUUAUCUAGAGGUUAUCAAACAAUCCAGGAAACAUAGACCUCAAAACCCAAGGUUUGUGAGGCACUGCCUCGUUGGCUUUAUGGUUGCUCAAUCUGAGUCUAGAGUCAGGAAGAACAAAUCACUGGAUCAAGUGAGAUGUGGUAACAGGCUGCAGGGACCAACCUGGAGGGAGAGGAUACGAAGGCAUUACUGUCACAAUAGUCAGCCAGAGAUGGGGUGUCUGAAGGAGGCAAAUCUUCUGUCCUUGUGGGGUUCUGUGGCUUAAAAUAGAUGGGAAUGGGCCAGCUGGCUGCAUCUCUGAUAGGCCUUGUCUGUUUGACAAGAGCCAUGAUGAAGGUGAACCACAUGAUGGACGCUGUUAAGGUCCAGAGGGAUGACUGAGCUCUUAGAUUACAGCCAUAGUUGCUGCCUGUGGGGCAGAGAUGGAGUUCGAAUGUGGGUGUACAGGCAGAAGUAAGGUGGUAUAUGCAAAACCAGGUACAAACUCUGAUAACUAAAUUAAAAAAUCAAAGUCUGUAUGUUCCAUGUAGUAUAUUUUUAAUGUUGUAAUUUUUAUUUUUCCAAAUGUUAAGUCUCUGAUUUUUAAAUUAAGACCAGUUUUUGUUUUUGUUAAAGCCACAUGUACAUAGAAUGUUUAUAUUUGAGGGUACAUAUUUUCCUUUGUUUUAUUCAUGUUCAAAAAUACAGUAAACUCAACUAUCCAGAACUUACCAUUGAGCAAUUGUUCUUAAAAAUCUGAAUACUGGCAUUUCAGAAACAUUUAAAAGCCCUCCGUGUUUAAUACCGGUAAAUGAUUCCUUUUUACCGUAGUGCAUAAAAUGUGUCUGUCUUUUUAGAGAACUCAUUUAUAAUGAAAUGUUAUGGUUCUCCUGACUUAUAGCGAAGAUGCAGUGAGAAGUCUACCUAGAAAUAUCUAAAGUUAGGAGUUACAGUUACAGCUGCUGAUCAAAAUGGUCCAUCGAGUUUAUGUGAAUUUUAGGCACUGCCCUGUCCAAUGCACAGUGUUGCUUUAAUACUCUCGGUUUAAAGUCUGGUGAGGCUAAUGAGAGCACCCUAAUGCUGUAGUUCUUCCAUGGUGCACAUAUGACCACCAAGUAGAACGCAGACCAGCUCAGAUACACGCAAUCAGUGUUCAUAACAGCAGCCAAGAAUUCACCUUGAUCCGGUAAACAUCCUUUGAGUAUAUUCCCUGCUGACCCUACCUGUCAUUGAAUAUCUUUCUCUGAACAUUUGAUACGAUUUUGGUAACCUUGGACACUGUUUUAAUUCCCUCCUCAUUUUGCCAAAUAGCAAGUGUCUUGAUAUGCAGCGUUCCGGUGGCCUUCUUCCCAGAGAUCACUUGCCCUCGUCCUGUGCCCAUGACCACCUAAGGCAGUGAUAAUCCUUGGUUGGCAACCAAGAUGUCAUAUUCAUGUUGCAUGACCAGCUGAUAUCUCUUAACUUCAGGUGUGCUCUUCCCACCUAAGCUCAACCUGUUAACCAGUAUGAGAAUGGUGAUGUUUUAUAAAUGACUUGUGAGUGUCGCUUAAGGUACAAUUGGGACACAUAUGAGUCUUUACUCCCUAAAAUUCUGCUCUAACUUUGUUGGUCCUCAAAAGCUUAUAUCAUGAGUAGUAACUUCAAUAAGAAUGUUUAUAAAUAACUGUCUUCUCUGGAACAGACUUGAUGCUUCUAUUAGGGUAGGACAUAGAAAGAUGUUGGGAAAAUUCAUCUAAAAUUGCCCUUUCAACUUUAUGCUUCCCUAUAUUUUCAGAGGCAUAUUUGCCUGAUUAUAUCCCUUGAUUAGUCACAGAAAUAUUUAUUUGAAGGUGAAUUCUUUGUAUAAUUAUUGCCAGCAGGUGCCUGCUGCUAUUGGGGAAAGAUUUUAAAUGGUGGGGAAUGGCUGAAGGGUCGGUGAUGCUGCUAGUAAUGUGGCCAUUUAAAAUUUUGUGGUCAAGUGUUUUACAUCUAACAAUUUGAGGAAAUAACCAGCAAAACUACACACUGCCUUUUCCAGUUUCAUGAAUCGAUCUUCUCUAUAGAGCAAAUGAAAUUCAGCUUAUUGGCUUCAUGUAAAUACUCAGUGUAAAGAGCAUCUAAAAGCUCAAGGAUCCUUAAAACUUCUGUGAGCUGGAGACAUAGUAAUAGCACUUGGAUACUGUUGUUGUUGUUGUUGUUGUUGUUAGGUGUCAAGUCAGUUCCAACUCACAGUGACCCUAUAUACAACGGAUUGAAACACUGCCCCGCCCUGGGCCAUCCUCCCAGUCACUACUGUUUGAGCCCACUGUUGCAGCCAUUGUGUGAGUCUAUCUCACUGAGGGUCUUCCUCUUUUUUUCUGACCCUCUUCUUUACCAAGGAUGAUGUCCUUCUCCAGGGACUGAUCCCUCCUGAUAACAUGUCCAAAGUACGUGAGACAAAGUCUCAUCAUCCUGGCUUCUGAGGAGCAUUCUGGCUGUACUUCUUCCGAGACAGAUUUGGUCAUUUUUCUGGCAGUUUAUGGUAUAUUCAAUAUUCUUCACCAACACCAUAGUUCAAAGGCAUCGAUUCUUCUUCACUCUUGCUUAUUCAUUGUCCAGCUUUCACAUGCGUUUGAGACAAUAGAAAAUACCAUGGCUUGGGUCAGGCGCACUUUAGUCCUCAAAGUGAUAUCUUCUCAAUUUAACACUUAAAGACGUCUUUUGCAGCAGAUUUGCCCAAUGCGAUAUAUCAUUUGAUUUCCUGACUGCCGCUCCCAUGGGUGUUAAUUGUGGAUCCAGAUAAAGUGAAAUCCUUGACAACUUCAAUCUUCUCUCCAUUUAUCAUAAUGUUGCUUAUUAGCCCAGUUGUGAGGAUUUUUGUUUUCUUUAUGUUGAGGUGUACUUCCUACUGAAGGCUUUGAUCUUCAUCGGUAAGUGCUUCAAGUCUUCUUCACUUUCAGCAAGCAAGGCUGUGUCAUCUGCGCAUCACAGGUGGGUGCUAUUACUUCCCCUGAAUUUCCAGUACUAGAGCAUUUGUCUUCUCCCUUCUCUCUUGCCCAAGCAUCGAGUCACACAUAACUCGGGUAUCAAGACUAACAUGAAGAUGAAAGCCACACCAUGAGAUUCCAUUGCUCAUACCUCUGUACAGCCUGGGUCAGGUAUCUGCAAGUAACUGAGAGUUGGUUUGCCUACAUCGGGAAAGGAGUUCUGUGUUCUAUUAAGUGGUAAUUUUGGAUCUCUGAGCGUUUGCCUAUAUGUUCCCUAUAGGAGAAGGUAGUGUUUAUGACUUCAGACAAAUAUGGCUCAUAUUUGAGGGCCAAGCGACUAUCAUGAUACUUUUGUAAGAACCUUUUUUUUAAUUGUGCUUUAGGUGAAAGCUUACGGUGCAAGUUAGCUUCUCAUUCAAAAAGUUAUACGCAAAUUGUUUUUGUGACAUGGGUCGCAAUCCCUGCAAUGUGUCAGCACUUUCCCCCUUUCCCUUUACACUCCAGGUUCCUGGCGUCCAUUUGUCCUGGUUUCCUGUCUCUUCCUACCUUCUCGCCUUUGCUUUUGGCUAGGUAUUGCCCAUUUGAUCUCAUGUACUUGAUUAAACUAAGAAGCACGUUCCCUACAUGUGUUACUGUUCGUUUUAUAGGCCUGUCUAAUCUUUGACUGCAAGGUGGACUUCGGGAGAGGCUUCAGUUCUGAAUUAGCAGGGUCCCUUUUUUAAUUCUUAAUAAACAUUUAAGGAAAAUUUACUUUUUCUGUGUGUGACUGGUUAGGUUUCUUGUUUUGCUUUCUUAUUGUUUUUCUCUUUGACACCGAAUUGUCUGUUUAUCCUCAUCUAUAUUUAUUAUUAUUAAAUGACAAAUGGCCAUUAACAGGUAAGACCUUGCAGUAAGUAAACUAUGUUUUGUCCAAAUCGGUAAAAACCUCUGAUUUUAAUGAGACAGAUAACUGAUUGUGCUUAGCAGUUCUGUGACAUGUUGGUAGAAAAAUGUAUAGCUUCUAUUUACAACAUUUCUGUAAUUCACACUGAGAAGAGGCCAGUCUGAAUUAUAUUUUUAUGGAAACAUAUACUUUGAAAUAACUUGGAUGCAGAUUUAAAAUAACUAUCUUCCACAGUUAACUUUAGUGAUAAAAAUGUAUUUAAAUUUUAAAGAGCAUCUAUUUACUUCUUUCUAUGCUAAUAAAAAUCUUAAAAAAUUCUCAUAUAGGAGUAAGAAUAGCACAUUUUAGAUGUCUGACUUUUUCAUUAUGGAAGAAAUACAUGAUAUUCAAGGGAAAAUAUUUUUAUGAACUCAGAAAAAAAGACAGGAAGGGAGAUGGAACCGUGGCCCCAGCACCCAGACCCAGUGUUAAUGUUAACAUAUGUAUCAGAAUACUUUCUUUCAGUUUUUUUUUAAUCUGCAUAUAAACUUGAGGACUUUGUUUUCACUGUUAAAAUCAUACCAUUUUCGUAAUUUUGUGCUCCGAUCAACUUUUCCUUUAUCAUAUUAAUGAUAAGUGCAACCAAGCUCAAGCCACGAGUUAUCACAGAUUUCUGGAUGGGUAAGAACGAGAAUCAAUUCUGAGUGGGUUCUUUUCCUAAUCACAUCUGCGUAAAGCAGAGGAACCCGCUCUUCAGUUUCUAAAGGAAAGAAGGGAAUGGAGGUGAGACCUUUGUGAACCUGCUCCAGUCGUCUGGUCUCAGCCCGGAGCAGUCAAGCAAUGGUGUGUCUUUUGCCUUACUCUGUUAUAACUAUGUAUGAUAUGUAUUUUUCAUGAAGGGAUUUAAGCACCAAUUGUUGCAGUAAAGAUUAGUGUCUGCAGGAUUUCUCUCUCUCGGCUUCUUUUUCACGCAUAGCACUAAUAGAUGAAGCAGAACAGGUGGUAAUUGCCGUUGGCGCACUGAGACUCGGGAAUAGCAUCUGUUUAUCUCUUACCAUCAAAUGGUUAGCAUAACCUUCUACUCACUGCCUUCCUAUGUGAAUGAUAAAAGUCUAUCAUGAGUCAUUAUAAGCUUCUAACUGACUCUCUUCUUUUAACAUGAUGGAAUAGGUGAAGAAGAAGGUCCAUCUGGUGACUAAAUAUGACUGUGAUUUGAGUGGAACAAUUUAAAAAAUGGUACGAUACUUCUGAGGUUACUUUGGACUACUGGAUCAAAAGAUAGGUGCCAAAAAUAUCGAUUCUAAGCCGGAGUAUUUUCUUAAGUAGAUGUGUACUCUGAAUUUGGGUUCUGAUACAUUUAAAAAUUGUUUACUUUGCAUUAUUUUAGGCAACAAAACAUUCAAACCCUUAUGGGCUUCAUCUAGCUUUAUGAAGCCCGUUCUUAAAUGUUGCGGUGUGCUGUUUGCUUAUGCGUGGUGAUGUAAACGCAUACCUACUCUUUUUGAUCUUUUUAUUAUGGAAAAUUUCAGGCAUAUAGACAACAGUGUAGUAAGCUUCCAUAUUCUCAUCACCCAGCCUUAAUAACUGUCAGCUGAGGGCCAACCUUCUUACUCUAUCCCCACCAACUCCGUCCCUCCCUCUCCUGUAGUUAUUAUUUUAAUAUUGAGUACAUAAAUAUUCAUAAGUAUUCCAUCUAAAAAAAAUUUAUUUUUAUUUUUUAUUCCAUCUUCAGUGUACAUGGUAGCUUUUAGUCUAAUUUACUGUCUUUUAGAAAUUUCUUCCAGUGCUUUUUUGUCUGAAUUCUACUCUUUAAGUAUUAAGAUUAUAGAUGCUGCUUUCUUUUUAUUUGAAUUUUCCAAAUGUAUCUUUUCCACCUUUUAUUUUAACCUUUUUCUAAAUCUGGUAGCUGUGUUUCUUCUAAAUAGCAUAAGGUUGGAUUUUUCUUUGCUAGCCAAUCCAGAAAUACUUUCUUUUUGUAGACAAGUUAAGUUCAUCAGAUGAGUUAAGCCCAUAGGUGAAUUAAGUUCAUUUACAUUUAUUGAAAUGAUCUUUAUGUUUGGCUUCAGUUCUGUCUUAUUGCUAAACACGUACACACACAGAAAUACAUAUUCAGAUAUACAUACAGUCUUUCACUAAAGCCAAACACAAAGUCCUUGUUGUCAGGUCGAUUCUGACUCAUAUUGACCCCAUAGGACAGAGAAGAACUGCCCCAUAGGGUUUCCAAAGAGCGGCUAGUGGAUUUGAACUGCUGACCUUUUGGUUAGCAGCCAAAUACUUAACCACUUUACCACCAGGGCUCCAGUCUUUCACUAUGGUAUUUUAAGUUUAUUUUCUUUUGAUUUCCUACCAUGAACAAUAUUGAAAUUACCUAACAACUUCUUCUUACCUUCCCCUCCCUUUCCAAGCACCUCGUUUGAAGUGAUUUGUUUUUCUACUUUAAAAAUACUUCUUAUAUUUACUCCUUUCUCCCCCUCCGUUUUUUGUUAUUUUUAUAUGUAUUUGUAUUGUGACAGCAUAUAACUUUUACAUAAUAUACUGAGUCCCUUAUAACAAUCCUUUAGUCUUGGUUCUUUAGGUAAGUACAUACUUAGUGAUCCUCAUUAGUUCUUAGGCCAGUCAUUUUGAUUUUUUAAGUCCUUCCUUAAGAAAGGCUGAUGGAAAGGAUAUUUCCUGGGUUCUUGCAUGUUCCUUACAGUUUAUAUGUGGCCUUUAUAUCUAAGGAUAAGCUAUGUUGGAUAUAAAAUUCUUGGCUUACAUGAUUUUUUCCUUGGGUAUCUUAUAUAUAUUAUGCCAUUGAUUUUUUGACAUUUAACAUUAUUGUCAUGAAAUCUGUUGUCAACCUGAUUUUUUCCUUAUAUGUGACUUGGUCAUUUGGCCUGGGUGUUCCAAGGAUUUUUUUCCCCCUUUUUCUAUGCAGUCUAAUUGUUUACUAGACUAUAGUUUCAUACUGGCAGUUCUGGAUUGAUUUUCCCAGGUAUGUGGUGUGACAUUUCAAUACACAGAUUAGUUUUUUCUUUUUUUUAAUUUAAAUUGUGUAAUAGUGUCUUUGAGUUCUAUUUCUUUUGUUCUCUUCUUUAAUGACUCCCAUUAUAUAUAUUUUGGAUCUGAUUUGUCUACCUCUAUAUUGAUCACUGUCUUGCAAAUUUUUUUCAUUUCUUUUUAUAUUUUUCAGUUUUUACUACUGGUAUGUUUUAAUGUAAUUUUAGGUCAUUCAUUUUACAAACACUUAUGGAUUGCUUGCUUUUCUUAUGUCAUUGUGCUAGUCUUCCUAAAGACAUGGCUCAGUCAUAUUAAUACAAUUCUGAGUGACUUUUUUCCUCAUGCUUGCUUCAGGGACUACAUCUUGGGCUGAAUAGCAGCAUAAAGUCCUAGCUAGGGCUGUGGUUUUGACCCCCUGCUCUACACUUUGGUAUCUUCCAGAGGUGAGCAUAGCAGUCCCUGUCUGGACUAUUAGCAGUAGCCAUUUAAUACCUGCAAAGAAAGAUUAAUUCCUUUUAUAUAAUCAUGAUAAAUGGAUAGGUUGUGUGGCUCUAGUUUACAAAAAAAGUGAAAGUUUUAUGUUUAUAUCUGCCAUUAACAAAGAAAAAAAGGAAACCACACAAAAUCUGAAUAAACUUCUAUAAAUUAAAAAAUAAGUUAUAGUUAGUAAAACAGUUGCUUCAAACUGGGAAAAGCUGUAUGUAAAAAAAAAAAAAGAAUAUAAAUAAGUAAUUACAAUUUUGUAAACACUCUCGAGAAUUUUUUCGGAAGUCCUGCAACGUUAUCUGGAAA